CGUUGUCGCUGUGCUGCUUGUGUGGAGCUGUUUUCGAUAGUUUUGUGAUUGUGUUACGUGUAAAAGUUAUAAAUUAAUAUCAUAAUUGUGUUUUAUCUAGACAAUUUUUGUUAAAAAAUGGCAAUGCAACCACAUAGCAAGAAGAGAGUGUGCUAUUACUAUGAUAGCGAUAUUGGUAACUACUACUAUGGGCAGGGCCACCCCAUGAAGCCGCACCGCAUACGCAUGACUCAUAAUUUGUUGUUGAAUUAUGGAUUGUAUAGGAAAAUGGAAAUCUAUAGGCCGCAUAAAGCAACUGCAGAUGAAAUGACAAAGUUCCACUCGGACGAUUAUAUCAGAUUCCUUCGGUCAAUUCGGCCAGAUAAUAUGUCUGAAUACAACAAACAGAUGCAAAGAUUUAAUGUUGGAGAAGAUUGCCCAGUAUUUGAUGGACUGUAUGAGUUUUGCCAAUUAUCAGCGGGAGGUUCCGUAGCUGCUGCAGUCAAAUUAAACAAACAGGCAUCAGAAAUCUGCAUCAACUGGGGCGGUGGUCUCCACCAUGCUAAGAAAUCAGAAGCGUCUGGAUUCUGUUAUGUGAAUGACAUUGUCCUGGGCAUCCUGGAGCUACUCAAGUACCACCAGAGGGUUCUGUACAUCGACAUUGAUGUACACCAUGGAGACGGAGUUGAAGAGGCGUUUUACACCACAGACAGAGUUAUGACUGUGUCUUUCCAUAAGUAUGGAGAGUACUUCCCUGGCACAGGUGAUCUACGAGAUAUUGGAGCUGGUAAAGGAAAAUACUAUGCAGUGAACAUCCCACUCCGAGAUGGCAUGGAUGAUGACUCUUAUGAAUCAAUCUUUGUUCCGAUCAUCUCCAAAGUCAUGGAGACAUUCCAACCGAGCGCUGUGGUGCUGCAGUGUGGUGCUGACUCUUUAACAGGUGACCGACUGGGGUGUUUCAACUUGACGGUGCGAGGGCACGGGCGGUGUGUGGAGUUAGUGAAGAGAUUCGGACUCCCAUUCCUUCUAGUUGGCGGCGGAGGUUACACAAUCCGUAACGUAUCCCGCUGCUGGACUUACGAGACGUCCGUCGCGCUCGGCGUAGAGAUCGCGAACGAGCUGCCCUACAACGACUAUUUCGAGUACUUCGGGCCGGACUUCAAACUUCACAUAUCACCGAGCAACAUGUCUAACCAGAACACGCCGGAGUACCUGGAGAAGAUCAAGAAUCGACUGUUUGAAAAUCUAAGGAUGUUACCACAUGCGCCUGGAGUACAGGUUCAAGCGAUACCAGAAGAUGCUGUAAAUGAUGAGUCAGAAGACGAGGACAAGGUUGACAAGGACGAAAGAUUGCCACAAAGUGAUAAGGACAAGCGCAUCACCGGGGACGGCGAAUUAUCCGACUCUGAGGACGAGGGCGAGGGCGGGCGCCGCGACAACCGCUCCUACCGCACCGCGCAGCCGCGCAAGCGCCCGCGCCUCGACAAGGAGCCCGGCCCGCUCAAGGACGAACUCAAACCGGAAGAUUCAAAGGAUGACCUUAAGAAUUUAAGCACAGUGGAGGAACCAAAGAAAGAAGUCCCGCCCAACCCCUGAUGCGAGCGGUAGGGCCAAGUUAAGAUUAGCCGUAGUUCGUAACGAUAUGUCACCGAUAUAUCGUGGAAUUUUACUCACCCAGCAUAUCCGACUGUCUUCAUUGUGUGUAAUGAUGUGCAAGUAAGGCUCUCAGAUAUUUUGGCAAGUAAUAAAUAAAAUAAGGAUUUUUUGUGAAAAUGAAAUUCAAUCAGGCACAUCAAUCCGAGCUUUUUGGUUCACAAAACAAGUGCCUACCUUAAUUUAU